CUACAAGCCACGUUUUAAAAUGGCGACUCUAUAUUGGAAUUAGGAAAAUGUGAUGUUUAGCUUAUAGGAUGACAUUCAAUUGAUGCUUUUGGUGCAGUUUUAUAGAAUAUGUAUUUAAGUCUGCAUUAAUUCCAUAUCGAUAAUUCACUCCUUGUUAUUGUGACCGUAUUAGUUGUCGUCAUGAUUGGUUCUAUUUUUGGAUUUUUUCUCUUCUUUAGGUGGUGGAAGCGAGAACGUGAUAUAAAUAAGAUGGUAUGGAAGAUAGCUUAUAAAGAUCUGGAUUUUGAUUUUAGUAAACGAAGUCGCUCAUUUCUCACAACUGUGGCCACCAGUAACGGUGCAAAUAGUGAAUGUGGUGAUAGUUUUGUUGGUAAGUUUCCUAACUCGCCGUCAGCCAAACUACAAAAACUCUUGGAAGUGGAUGCAGUUGAAUCUAUUACCAUGUGCCCUCAAUAUUUUACCACAGUAGCUAGAUUCCGAGAAAAUAUUGUAGCUAUACAGGAAAUACGAAAAACCAAAAUAAAAGUAGACAGAGUAUUCUUAGAGAAUAUGAGGCAGCUACUGGCCGUCAAACAUAAUAAUCUAACCGGAUUUAUAGGAGUGUGUCCAGAAUCGUUACAUAUAUGUGCCGUUUGGGAAUACUGUAAUAAAGGCAGUUUGCAGGAUGUGCUUGAAAAUGAUAAUAUGAAAAUAGACACAAUAUUCCAGUUUUCUAUAGCAGUUGAUAUAUGUACGGGCCUUGAUUAUAUUCACUGUAGUCCUAUAAAACUUCACGGAAAUUUGAAAAGUAGUAAAUGUGUUAUUGAUAGUAGAUGGAACUGCAAAAUAACAGAUUUUGGAUUAUCUAAAUUAAAAUCAUCACAGGCGUCUGAUAAAACCAAAUCAGAUACUCACAAAUUUGAAGCCUUAUUUUGGACAGCACCGGAGCUGUUAAGAAAAAGAUUAGAAGGUAAUCGCCGUGAAAGAACUCAAGAAGGUGACAUCUAUGCGUUAGCUAUCAUACUUAAGGAAAUACUUUGUAAAAACGGGCCCUAUGCCGAAGACGUUCAAAUGCCUGCUAAAGACAUUGUAUACCAAGUAGCUAAAGAAAACCAAGCUAAACCAAAACGACCAUCCAUAGAAAAUGUUUUAGAUCAAAACCUUCUAGUUAGAUCUUCAGUUAUAGAACUAAUUCAUGCAUGUUGGGAGGAACUGCCAGAACACAGACCAACAGCUAAAAGAAUUCACAAAAUGAUUAGUCGUAUUAACCCAUUCAGAAAAACUAAUGUAAUGGACAAUAUGUUAGCAAUGAUGGAGAAAUACUCCAAUAAUUUAGAAGAGUUAGUGACGGAAAGGACAUUGCAGCUAGAAGCUGAAAAAAGAAAAACCGAUGCUUUACUGUAUAGAAUGCUUCCCAAACAAGUUGCUGAUGAUUUGAAAUCGGGCAAUGUAGUCCAAGCGGAAUCAUUUGAAUCUGUGACGAUUUACUUCUCUGAUAUCGUUGGGUUCACAUCCCUUGCUGCUGAAAGCAGCCCCAUGGAGAUAAUAGAAUUAUUAAAUGUUUUGUAUAGUUUAUUUGAUGAAACAAUACGACCUUUUGAUGUAUAUAAAGUAGAAACUAUUGGUGAUGCGUAUAUGAUAGUCAGUGGGUUACCAGUUAGAAAUGGUGAUAAACACGUGAAAGAAAUGUGUGAUGUUGCCUUAAGUUUGCUGAAAGCUGUUCUUUCAUUUAAAAUACCACACAAGACAGAAACACAGCUUAGAAUUAGAAUCGGUUUACAUACCGGUUAUGUGGUUGCUGGUGUUGUUGGAUCUACUAUGCCUAGAUAUUGUUUGUUUGGUGAUACAGUUAAUACUGCAUCAAGAAUGGAAUCUACUGGACAAGCCUUAAAAAUACACAUUAGUUCAAAAGUGGAAGAAAAGAUAAAAGAUGACCAAACUUAUUUUACUAAACCACGUGGUGAAAUUGAAAUUAAAGGAAAGGGUAAAAUGGAGACAUUCUGGUUAAUAGGAAAAGUUGGAAUAUAUCAUGAAAUAGAAGAAGAUCCUGUCUUAAAACGACUGGGUGUGAUCCCAGUGUUAUCAGAUGCGACUACGUGUGAAAUACCAUCAGACAAUUCGGAUGCUCAGUUAGAUAGAUCGAAACUUAAGUCAGAGAAAUCCGAACCCAUGUCAAAAGCACACGAACCGGCAUCAUCAAAAUCCGAAGACCAGGCAGAGAAAUCUGAGCCACUGUCAAAGGAAUCCGAGCCACUGUCACAGGAAUCCGAGCCACUGUCACAUGAAUCCAAGCCCCAGGCUGACGAACCACAACUCCAAUCAAAGGAUUUUGCGUUCCAGCCAGACGGCAUCCCGCUUCAGCCAAUGCAAUCAUAUCCCCAAUCAGAUAAUUCCUAUCAUCAGCCAGAUAAUUUAGAGAAAUAAGCCUUAAAAGAUCUCGAUAAAAUUUCUUACUCAAUUUGUCUGUGAGACUGUUAAAAAAUCACCAACCAACUCAUUAUAGAGCUAAAUCUG